AUCACCAAGCAGAUUUCAAAGUCUCUAACACCUUUCACUCAUCGCAAGCAUGCGGACUGGAACACUGAUUGGAACUUUUGCGUUUCUGGCCGUCUGCGGCCUCGCCGUCUCAAAGCCAGCUGGGAAUGGUGACGUGCUGCGAUCGCUAGCGCGAGACCUCGAGCGGUACCUUGAGCUCACGGAAGCGGCAAAACGCCUUCCCCAGCCGCCAAACGGCAAGGGCCCACCGCCUCAAUUCGGUGAGGGUGGUGAAAAUGGCGACGUUUUGAAUGACGAAAAUGAAAACGGCGAGGGAAGUUCUGCUCCUGCAGGGAACGAAGAAGGGGAUGAAAGUUUUCCUGCCGGGGAAAAAGGGGAUGCUGAAGGGGGAUUAAAUCCCGAGGCACCGCAACCCGGAGAUCAACAGCUGGAGAAGGGAAAUCAGCAGUCGCCCGAGGGUGAAAAAGAAGGGUCCGAUAAUGAGGGAAGUGCACCGCCACAGGAAGAACAGGGUGAGGUUUCGCCGCCCGAUGAGGAGGGAGGAAGUUCGGCGCCACAGGAAGGGCAACAUGAUGUUGACGGGCCACCGCCUCCUAGUGGAGACGUAGGACCUCUUUCGAUUGAAGUCAGUGAGCAGAAAAGCGAAGAUGAGGGAUCACUACCAGGGGGAGGACUGCCGGGAGGAGACAAAGGACAGACUGGAGAGGACACAGUCGGAGAAAUUGGAGAGUUCACGCAGGAAGUUCUGGCAUCUAUUGAUUCCCUUGACUCUUUCAUUUCGAGCAAGACUCGUGAGACAAUUUUGUUGCUUGAACAGGGGGGCAUUGAGAAUGCCAUUUUUAUGUUGUAUACGUUCCUGAAUACAGUUGAUGAGCUGAAGGGACAGAUAGACAACAUGUUGUUGUCAGAAAAGGCCAAGGUGUUAGAGGCUAUUCAGGCUAAAAUCGUGGGUGAUGGAAGUGAUCGUCGACAAAACGAAGGGCCUUUGGGAGUGGGAAGUUCAGGGCAAAAUGAGGGUGAGGGCGAAGUAGGCUCAGGAGCAGGUGAGGGUGGUGGCGCACCGCAACAAGGCACAGAUGGUUCAGGACAAGCUGGGGGUGAGGGUCCAGUGGGUUCAGAUCCAGCUAAUGGUCAGGGUACAGGUAGCUCAGGACCAGGUGAGAAUGAUGGCGCAUCGCAACAGGGCACAAGUGGAUCAGGACAAGCUGCAGGAGAGGUCGAAGGUGGCUCAAGACCAGCUGGUGGGGAGGGCGCAGGUGGUUCAGGACCAGCUGGGGACGAGGGCGAAGGUGGCUCUGGGCCAGCUGGUGGGGAGGGCGCAGAUGGCGCAGGAACAGGUGGAGGUGAGGGUGGCUCUCCGGCGAAUGAAGGGGGCGAAGAUCAACAGCCACCACCGGAGGGACGACGAAGGAAACUGGAGGAUUUGAAGAGGGAAAUGGAACUUUUGGAUCUCCUUCGCAAGCUGGAGAAUUAGGAAAGUGUCGAUAGGAAGAUGAAAAACAUCAAUACACAUGGGAAACUAUGAUGUCUAGAAAAAACAACAACAUAUAUCAUAUCUUUAUAUACACACGAUGUGUACAACUGUGUCAAUAAAAAGUUCUGUUAAGUAUAUUAAUGAAUGCAUAUCUGUGUGAUGUUAAAAAAAUGAAAUGUUGUAAGACAGCUAUAUAGUAAUACGCUUCCAUGCAUGUGCCGUACGUGUGGUUGAUAUAUGAAAUCAUACUGAUUAUAUUGCUUACUGUUUGUUCUUUGCUAAUCUGAGUUUUAGAUGCAAUUACAUAGUUUAAAUAUCUUUAAAUUGAACGUACACACUUGAAUGCAUAAUACAAAAUAAAUAAUGAAUAUCGA